UUUAGAUUAUUUUUUUAGGCCCAUAAAACAUUUUGCAACAUACAGGGAGCUUAAACACAACCGAAAGCUUCAACAUUCAAAGAAAACUUGUUUUAAUUCAUAUUCCUACGUUGAAAAUGUUGUUAUGACUGUUGAGCUUAUUAGGUCUACUGUCAUAAUGCAGCAGACGUAGUUAUGUUGACCAGUCCGAGGAGCAUGUAAAGUGAGCUUUCAUUGAUGGCACAGCUAACCUUAUCACACCGCACUUUGAACUUAACAGCGUAAAAAAAGAAAAUCAGUUCAAAUCACACAGAUUACGAAUUAUACCAAUGCAUAAAAGGGAUCAUAUUUAUAUAACCAUAAGGAAAAUAGGGCCAGCUGUGAAUUCACAAACUUUUCGACAUGUAUGACAUUAGAAAAAUAAGUAUAACACUACUUGGCAACAUCACGUCGAGUCUGAGAAUCUGAACGAUACAAAAUGAAUCAUGUCGCAUGAGAUAUGAGGACCACAGUACGUCAGCGGGUAAACGUUAGGUACAAAAGGGCCGUGCUGCACAUGUGUGAUUGCAACACAUAUUCCCCUGCUGCUAAAUCAACUUGGAGAACAUUGACGACAUCCUUGCCCUUAUAACACCAGCAAACAGACGCAGAACCCAGAUACAUAAAGCAAAACAAAACAAAAAAUUCAGAAAAAAAAAGGAAUAAGCGGAGCAGCGAGUCCAAAGGGUUAAUUAACAAAAACCCGCCCCCCAAAAAACCAAGAGAUAUAAGAGUGCAAAAAUAAACAAAGCAGCGUCAACAAAAGUAAGGAGGAAUGAUGGACAAGAAGAAGACUGUCCGGAAUGUGGCUGACCCCCAUCGUUCAGGCAGCAGCAGCAGCUCGAAGGGAGAGUACAAACGAUCAGAGGAUGAACAGUGGAGCCUAUCGCUCACUUCCCCUCCGUCCACGACGCGCGAGUGGCUCCUCCACAACGGCUUCCAGCAGUUCGUCGAGACUUUCUCACAUUACUCGGGACUAGACAUGUUCCGACUCUCCAAAACCGACUUCAAGGAGAUCUGUGGCAUAACAGGAAUCACGCUAUUUGAAGCAUUGAGGAGACCACAAUCGUGUGUACUUCGUCUGUACAUCAAGGCUGACGAGAGAAAAUGCUACAGAGCUGUGUUUCUACAAAAGUUCUCCUACGAUGAUUUUGUACUCAAACUGUCAGAAAUUCUAAAUUGUACCCCAGACUCAAUACAGCAGAUUACAAUGGAACAUUCCACUGGCAUUCACAUUCUGGUGACUAGUGAAGUGAUAGCAAACAUGGAAGAUGAGUCCAUAUUUAUCUUAGAUACUGAGAAAGAAACUCCGUCAACAAACGCAGAAUUCGACACAGCAACCCACAGUGAUUACUACACCAAUGACGAGAACAAUGAAGAUGAACUUGGUGAAAAUGGAAGAAAACAGCCAACGAGACUAACAGUUAAACUUAGAAGCUCGGAAGAAUUAAGUCCUGAGAAAUAACAAAGUCCUGUGUGAACCCUCUGAAGGACAAUCAAGACAAAAAAUAUAUAACCCCCUAAUAUAAAAGAUGCUCAAAUUAUAAAUGUUUAAAAGAUAAGACCAUUUUUUUGAGGUUCAAGUGGCUUUGUAGAUAAUGUUUAUAAUAUUUCAAUUUCAUUAUUAUAUUUAUCCCAUUGCUUGAAAUCAAAAUAAAGAAAACUUCACACUACCAGACUGGAACGUGUUCUCCACAUGGCUGGUUUCCCAGUGAGUCAAGUUGAGCAACUCUGGAUCUAGUCAGACAAGUCUCUCGCCAAAAUAUUGGAAAAGUCACUUAUAAUGGCUCGAGAAAUUGAAAAAACUUCUAAUUGCUAUGAAUUUCAAUGCUCAUCACAAGUCUGUCUGAAAAGGUGCAAGGGUAAGAAAUCAUUGCCAAGCUUCCAAACAGAACUCUUUCCUGGGCAAAUCCAGUGUAGUUACUCAUGCAAGCAGCUUAGGAGCACCAAUGUAAUCUACUAUUCACUUGCACCCCUCAUAUUUUGGGUAGGGAUAUUAACUCUAUUCAUAACCACCUCCUAUCCAAGUUAGGGACUAGCAUGGGAGUAUACACUCCCAUAGCAGUAGUCUAGUUAGUCUGGCAGUAAACUUAAAUAUCUGGCCAUCAGCAGUUCCAAACUGGUUUUUUCUGAUUGACAGCCCAAUUUUGUAGUAUUUAUUCACAAUGCAUAACUUCUAAUGUACAUUUUUUAACUUUGGUUUAAGAAAGGGAACGUAAAAAUGUUCCCUUCCGAAUUUUAUUGAUCUUAUACUUAUUAGUAAUUCAGCAUGUGUUAUAAAUAUAACCCUUUAUACAUAAGCAUGCAUGUUAGUUUUAAAAAAUACAAUAUUUUUUUAUGAGUAGAAUACAACAGAGUUUGUAUUUGUUUAUUUGAAAUUAUAUUACUGUAAAAUUUUCUUUUUGCUUUCUUACUGUGGUAACCUAAUUUUGAUGUCUGAUGCCUCUUGGCUUCUUAGACUUAACAAU